AUGGACAAGAAGAAGAAAAUUUAUGUUUUCGUUGCCAUUUUGCUUUGUGCUGGAAUUGCUAGCUGGCCUCUUAUCCUGGUUUUUUUUGGAAAAUCAAUAAAGCAGAAGAAGGAAUUUGUUAGAAUCGCAACUUACAAAUAUUGGAUCUAUGCAGAAUACACACCAGAGUUUGAGUUUAUUGAAAUCAACGAAGACAUUCGGAAAUCAAUUCAACCCGAUCUCGAUAUAGCAAAACUUACAAAAGAUCAUAUUUUCCUUUGCAGAGAGUGCAAUCAAGAGCUCUUUGAUGAAAAAUUGCCAACUGAUUGCUUGAAAAAUAGUGCUAGUGGUACUCCGGAAGGAAGAGAAGUUGAAUAUAUCUGGGCUGAUAAAGUUUUCGACGGCGGUAAAGUCGUGAUUCAUAUUGAAAAGAAAGUGAAAUGCGAUUUGUUAAAGAAAUCUAGUUGA